CCGCUCACCAUGGACCUCCUCGACGCGAGGCACCGCCACACGCCGGAUUCGAGCUCCUCCCCACAUGCCGCCUCCGACAUGGGUCUCCCGCUCGCCGGGGCUGCCUACCAGCCCUACGUCUCUGAGCUCCUCUCCUUCUCCAUCGAGCGCCUCCACAAGGAGCCGGAGCUUCUGAGGGUCGACGCGGAGCGAGUGCGGCGGCAGAUGCAGGAGGUGGCGGUGGAGAACUACGGCGCCUUCAUCGCCGCCUCCGAGGCGCUCUCCUUCGUCCGCGCGCAGCUCGAGAACUUCGAUGGCCACCUCGAGGCCAUGGUAAUGCGGCCGAUCCCUCCCUGCUCGUAGUAAUCUUUACUCCAU